AUGUGGCGCCAGCGCCACCCGCGGAGGGUGGACUCGCCGCCACGUGGCAAUCCCGAUGGGGGCGUCAAGGACCACCAGCGCUCCACGUCAGCUGCGGGUGAAUCGCAAGCGACAGCCACGGGAGUUUACAAACGGCCAGCCUUCUUCUUGCCUCGUAUCGCGGUCUCUCUCGUUAUAGUCGUCCUCGUUUGCGUCGCACUGAGCGCCCAUUCUGCGUUCUCGUCGCAAGUCAUCCAGCCCAUCUGCCACCGCCUCUCCGCGCCAUCCGGACCGCACGUAUCAGCUGUCUCCGACGCUCUCGAUUCGCGACCGUUCGCCAUGGCCGCUGGCAGCGGCAGCGGCAGCACCACCGAAGGGCACGACCGACGAGCUUCGGUGGAUCGCUCCGCGCGCGACGCGUCGCGGCUGCACGUGCGGCUCAUCGUGCUCACGUUCGACCGCGCGGCGAGCCUGUCUCGUUGCCUGCAAUCAUUGCGGGCGGCAGACUACGGCGGCGAUGACGUGUCACUGGACAUCCACGUGGACCACCCGUUCUCGGGCGUGCAGCUGAACGACCCGCUCCAGGUCACAGACCGCUUGGACAGCCGCGCGUGGGGCGCGGGCGGGCAGGCGGAAGGGCGCGUUUUGGGGGCGGGAGAGCAGGCGGACGACCCGCUGCAGGCUGACUCCACAGCGGAGGGGGGUCUGGCGGGAGGCGGGGCGCGGAGCCGUGGGUUUGAGGCGAAUCCGCAGCUGGUUGGCGGCAGGAAGCGCGGAUUUGCGCCUCCCGGCGUGGUGGGUCUGGGGCGCAGCUCGUUUGGCGUGGAGGAGGCGGGGGACCUGUCCAACUGGCGCCACCGGGGGCGGCUGUGGGCGCAGAGGGCGCAGAGGGCGAGGGGGCAGGCGCAGGGGCGGCGGCGGCUGGGGGAGGUGCGUCCUGUGGUUGGUGCGGUGCAGAGGCGGGGGGCAGGGGAGGUGACAUCGAAGCGUCGAAAGUUCCGAUCGGUGGUGGCGGUGGCGGACUCGUUCACAUGGCAGCACGGCCACAAGCAGGUACACGUGCGCAGCAUGAACGGCGGGGUGCAGGUGCAGUGGAUGGAGGCGUGGUGGCCCAGCGGCAGCAACGAGUUUGCGUUUGUGCUCGAGGACGACGUGGCCGUCUCACCGCUCUUCUACUGCUACCUCAAGCGCAUGCUGCACCGCUACUACUACAACCAUACCGAGUACGACUCUAACGUGUACGGCAUCUCCCUGCAGCGCCAGCGCCUCGUGCCCGGCCAGCCGGCGCCGCCCAUCGCGCACACGGGGCGGCCAUUCUUGUACUCGUUAGUGGGCACGUGGGGGCAGCUGCUGCUGCCGGCGCCGUGGCGGGCGUUCCGCGUGUGGUACGACGCACAGCGGUACACGCCGGGGCGAGAGCCCGUCAUUCGAGGGCUCAAGACCACGGGCUUCUGGAAGGGAAGGGGCAACGGCAUCUGGACGCCGUGGAUCGUGCGGUGGGCGCACACCUCCGCCGCGCUCAACCUCUACGCGUCGCUGCCUGCAGGGCUGGCGCUGAGUGUGAGCCAUCGCGAGCAGGGGGAGAGCUUCAAGCGCUCCAAGGGCGCUGAUGCCACUCUGCUCAUGCCGGAACACCUCACUGCUUCAGCAAAUAUCGGUGCAGUGGAGCCGGUGAAUGCAGCAGAACACAUGAUGGAGCACCUGAGCGCAGCAGAGCAGGUGGGUGCAGCAGAGCAGGUGCCAUGGUGGUGGGCGCAGCUGCCCCCUCUAGCCUCGCUGCCGCGUUUUGACUUCUGCCUGCGCCCGCUGCCCUGGGUGGGGCGAGGGGGCACUGCGUGGGCGUGGCAAGGGGAGGGCAGGGGGGAGGGGGGCGAGCCGCAAGGCGGUGGGGAGGUUGGGGUUGAGCGGCACAGCGGUGGGGGAGGAGGAGAGGCGGAGGCAGGGGGUGCUGACGAAGCGGCUCUAGAGGGCACAGACGAGGGUCAUGCAGGAGCUGAGUCAGACGGCGGUGAUGCUGAGUCAGCAGGAGCAGCAGGGGUGGCGGGUGGGACGUAUGCAUCCAUGGUGACGCGCGAUGAGGAGCUGUUGCGGGCGGUGCAGAGUGCAAGAGGGGUGACGUCCUUUGCGCUGCUCCUCCUGCCCGACCACCAACACUCUCCCGCGUCACCCCAGCAGCAGCACGCCCACGCACACCCCUGGGCGGCCUCCCUGCUGCGCGCCACAGACAGCCCCGCCCCGCCCGCAUGGCAGCAGCUGGCACGCAACUGGGCAUGCCACAUGGACGGGCUGGGCCUGUCGCACUGGGCCAUGCUCACCUCCUGCCCCUCCCUCGCCCUGCACCUCGCCACGCGCGGCCACCUCGUCUCCCUCCUCCCCUCUUCGCCCUCCCCUCCUUCCUCUGACCCCCCCCCUCCCCCUCCACCCACCCUGAUCCCGUCCCCCGCGCACUUGCGCACGGCCGUGCAGCUGUCAACCCGCCUGCGCGUGCCGGUGCUGCUGGCCUCCCCUGCCGUCACGUGGCGCGGCGACCCCUUCCUCUGCCUCGCGCCCCGCCUGCUGCACCCGCCCCACAGCCAUGGGCAGCAGGGGGGGCAGCAGGGGCAGUGGCAGUGGGGUGGGUCUAGUCCGCAUGAGCAGGGGGCGACGGGGGAAGAGGUGGCCACGGGCCAGCAGCAAGAGACACAGGGACAGGCGUGGCAGCGGGCGGGUGUGGCAGUGGGGGUGGGCGACUCGCCUCUGUCAGACGUCUUCCUCCUGCCGCCCUCCCCCGCUGCCCACUCCGCCCUGCACUCCCUGCUCGGCCACCUGCUCUGGGGCACCCCCACCAACAGCAGUGACGGUGGCAGCAGCGACAGUGGUUUCAGCGCAGGCAAGAGCAGUGGGCAGGAGGAAUCAAGGUCAAGGUCAUGGGAGGCGCUGCGAGCAGCAUGGCUGGACCAAGGCAGCAGUGCCGCCCGGUGGGCUGCACUGGAGGAAGCAGUGAAGAAGCUUCGUGUGGGCGUGACUGUAUGGAGGGUGGGGCUGCCGUGCUACAUGGCGCCAUCAGGGGUGAACUCCUCGUUUGAGUCACAGGGCGUGCAGCAGGGGGCGUGGAUGGUGGUGGGGGGGAGGGGGGGAACGGCAGAGGAGGCAGUGGUGGGGAUGAAGGGGGCGGGGUUGUGGGAGCUGGAUUCGGUGGAUUAUGUGUGUAAGAGUGUAGUGUGCUUGCGCUCAAAUAAUCUUGUAACAGCUUAA